AUGAAGCUUGCUAUGUAUUUUUUGAUCCUAUGUUGCGCAUUCUCACUCAAUUUGGGCGUUGCCAAAAGGUUUGAGUAUGAUGGAAGUGAGUACCUUAACAUUAUUAACUACAACCACAGUCUUUUUCUUCUAAUUUUGUUUUCUAGAUUACCCUUACAUCAAUUCCUGGUUUACUGCCGUAAAUCCAAUCAAAUUGUUCAAGACAAAACUGGAAAUUGAAUAUGUAUUUAGCUUUUAUCUUGGCAAAGAAUGCGCAGCAAAAUGCACAACCUCCCCGAUAAGUCCGACAUACGAUAACGAGUAGGUUUAAAAAAAAAGUCAUCAACUCGCUAUCACUUUUACAGCAUCUACAACGCCGUACGCACAAAGAAUAUUUCAAUAGGAUACAAAAUCCGAACGUAUACGGGCGAUCAAUAUGAAGGGUAUUUGGCGACCGACCUUACAAGUCCGGAUGGGAAUGCUACGUUUGAUGUCAUAACGAAAGCCUACGGUCCUUCGCCGCUCGAUGCUCCAGGAGUUUUGGGAUUGUUUGUGGCUGGAAAUAGGGAUUUUAUGAUGAGGAAAAUGUUCAGCGAGAUGGGAAGAACCAAGCAAAUCAUCUUCAGAAGAGGCCCAUUUGUGCAGUAUUUGGUAAGAAAUAAACAGUUCAGGGUGUUCCAUCUUUGAAAAUUAAAAAUUUCAAAAGCUACGGAAAAAACCUGGUCAAAAAUUCUAAAGCCCACAGAAAAAUGAAAAAUUCGAAAAUUUAAAAGGGUCAAAACGCCAUUAUUUUUGACGGAUCAAAAACAAAAGUUUAAUUUUUUCGAACUAGGACUCAAUUUUUUUAGUAGUGUGAGUUUUUAUUACUGAAAAAGAAUUUGGUAGUCUGUAAACAUAACUUUUGCAUAUAUAGAUGGUCACAGAAGUUCUUGGAUUCCGUCCUCGCCGAUGAGGCGUAAACCACUGCAAAAAUCGAUGUGCAGUGAUUUGGAAAACCCAGUGCAGGGUAAAUAUUAUUUACCCACAUCUAAUCAAGAAAAUAAUCAGUUUUUUAAUUAAAAAAUAAAAAUUUGACAAAAUACAGGGUGGGGCAUCUUUGUGGCGCGAUUUCAAUUGGCUAUAACAUCUCUAGUUUUUGGCCAAAUCUUAGAAUUCUUUUUUUCCCUGAAUCCUCAUACAACCCCAUUCUGUUUGAUACCAAAUAUGUUGUACAUAGGUAAGUAUCAUCUUCAGUUAUUGGAUUUAAUCUUGGAGUUCAUUUUUUCGGUUGUUUCCCGUCUUUCCCGGUGUGUCCGAAAAUGGGAUUCUUCCAUUUUUUUUGAUGCCAAAUAUGGCAAAAACUGCGUUGGAGUAGUUCCAAAUAUGACGCUAGAAUAAGAAUAAAAAAUGAAUAUCAACCUCCAGAAUACGUCGAAUGGUUCUUGUGGAAAGCAUUCCUUCAGUUCUGGCCAAAGUUCGUGUACUCAUAUGCGGAUUCUCUCGGAAUUUUGACAAAACCCUGUAUUAGUUUCUUUUUGGCGGCUACUGUUUACUGUAUUUUACUGAAAAGGUGUACCAUAUUUGGUAUUAAACAAAAUGGGAGUUCCUGAGGAUUCAGGAAAAAAAGGUAUCUUAAAAUUUGACGGAAAAUUAAUGAAGUUUUAGCCAGUUCAAAUCGGGCCACAAAGAUGGAACACCCUGUACAAAUGUCCUUGCUUUUACAGUUCAAACCGUAUCCUGCAUUUUCCCUUGUCUAUAGCAUCAUCCUGCAAAAAAAUUUUUGGCUUUCUGUAGCUGUUUCCUACAUAUUUUUAGCCAACCAGUGUGCGCGUGAAUCCCAAAGGUGUUUUCGCUACGGGCGAGGAAGGUUUAGACGGCUGCGGCAGCUUCACUUAUUUCCCAACGAUUCGAAAUCAAGGAUGGAAGAUCAAGGCAGGGUGAGAAAUUGCGCAACAGUUUUUACAACCCUAUUGAAUUGUCAUCAAAUUUAAUUUUAGUAUAAGACUUGCCGAUGAGGUGUUCGACAAUCGAACGGUUGAAUUCUCACUCGAUUCCCUAACCACGGUCCCGAUAGAAGUCUACAAAAAGUAUUUCAAGAAUGUCAAAUUCGUUGAUGACCUCCCAAAUUUGGCAUUGAUUACUGGCAACGGAGAAUUUCCGAUCAAUUCCUCCAACUUUGCGCAGUACAACAACAAGUAUCGCGACGAGCUUUCCGCCUACGUUCAAUUUCAGCCAUUCCGAACGUCCGAGAAUUUCAUUUUGGGGGACAAUUUCCUCAGCGAUUACUGUAUUGCGCUGAGGGCUACUAAUGCAGAAAUUUCUGAAUUUGAGAUCGGAUUGGCGUCAGCUACAGAGAUUGAGCGGGAUCCGAAAUGGGAAAAGGAUAUACCUCCGGCAAGAGAUGACGAAGGUGGAAGUGGAGAUGGAGGAAAAGGUGGUGAUUCAGCGAGCACUGCAGCCUUGAAUAUUAUGUUAGUUGUUGUCUUGUUCUUGGGAGUUGGUGCAUAA